UGGAGCGGCGGAGAGGGAACCGAGCCUGACCCGGGAUAGCCAGGCCAGACACCGCGAGAACCGGGGCUCCCAGGCCGGAGACAGGGGAGGCACCCGGGACAUGCUCGGCCGCUGAGCCCCUCUAUCUCUCUCUCUGAUGGCCGCUGAUCAGGAAAAGCUGGAAGGACUAACUAUCCCGGGCCGCAGAGCCAAAGCCGGCAUGCAAAUGAAGAGCCCUGACAAGAAACGUCGCAAGUCAAGCACUCAGGUAUGGAGAACAGGGGGUUGGGAAGGAUCACAGCGCAGAGUAAAGGGACCGGUGAUUGACCAGUUUCAUCAGGGUCCUGCUUAUUCACAUCUUUCUGAAUUUGCCCCUCCACCCACUCCUAUGGUAGACCAUUUGGUGGCUUCUAAUCCUUUUGAAGAUGACUUUGGGGCACCCAAGGUCAAUGCUGCCUCCUCUCCCUUCCAUAAUAACCCUGUGCCAUUUGGAAAUUUCCGUAUGCAGGGUGGAAUGCCACAUCAGGUACCUCCAGGUUACCCUGGCGGUCCACAGCCCAUGAGGAGGCAACCUCCACCUUUUCCUCCAAAUCAGAUGGGUCCUGGAUUUGGCAUGCCCCAGAACCCUAACUAUGGGCAGCCUGGAAAUAUGAACUUUUCUUCCCAGCCUUUCAACCAACCAAUGGGGCAGAGUUUCAGCCCACCUGCUGGGCAGAUGAUGCAAGGACCAGUGGGUGGGUUUGGGCCAAUAAUGUCUCCAACAAUGGGCCAGCCACCUCGUGGGGACAUGGGGCCAGGGCCAGUGUUGAACUCUCCUGGUGGUCCUUCAUUUCCUCACAGGUUUGGUUCCCCUGGCCACCCCUUUGUACAGCCCACGAUGCAAAGACCUAGCCUUCCCCCAAACACUAGUCCUUUCGCUGGAGCCGAUCAGAGUUUUCCUCCAGGUGUGGAAGAUCACAGUAAGAAUCUCAAUCCUCCCACCAAUGCCUUCAGCCAAGACCAACAUGUAGGUUCUCCAUCUGCUGUUAAUGGGAAUCAGCCAAAUUUCACUCCAAAUAGUGCGACACGAGGAAACAGCAGCACCCCAGAAGUAAACAGUAUCCCACCUCCCAGCAAACCAACAGGAAAUUCUGGACACCAACCACCUCCGGGACUUGUCUACCCUUGUGGAGCUUGCAGGAAUGAGGUGAACGAUGACCAAGAUGCUAUCUUAUGUGAGGCUUCCUGCCAGAAAUGGUUCCACAGGGAGUGCACAGGAAUGACAGAAAGUGCCUACAGCCUGCUCACUAGAGAGUCCUCUGCUGUCUGGGCUUGUGACUACUGCCUGAAAACAAAGGACAUUCAAUCAGUGUACAUUCGGGAGGCAAUGGGGCAACUUGUGGCUGCCAAUGAUGGGUGAAAGCAAUAUUCGGAGAGUUUAUGUGGUUACUCCAGCUUUAACAACUGCUUUCCUCAGAACUCAAAGAAAACUGAUUCCAGUAUGAUCACCAGCUUGGACCAGAGUAACAUCUGCUGACUGCUUCUGAUUCCUACUUAAUGGUGUCACUUAUGUUGCCAUGUGAUUUGGGCCGAUGUUGUGGAAAUUCUGGCAACACAGAGGAGGUCCUGAUUUACAUAAAAGACGUUCCCUUUUUGAAGUCCUGAUCUGUCACAGGAAAUCUUAUAAUUUUUUUACAUUUUUUUUUUUUUCCUUUCUUGGAAAAUUAUAGUUUUUAAAUUUUACAAUCCUGUUCGAUUUUACUUUGUACAGAUCAUUUUGCCUGUCUGUAUUUUUGAUAAUGUGUAUGUCCUUGUUUUGAAGUUCAUAUUAAAUGUCUGUCCCGGUGGAUCUGACAGUCACUGCACCAAUGAUUUUUAAUGUUUAGUAAUGUGCUACAGCGAGUGCACUCCCUGUAUACCUCUCCAUUUAAAUUGUUAUAACACAGAAUAAGCCAUGGCGGUCAGUCUUCAUCAACAAUCAUACGAUUUAUAGCCAUCUUUAAGUGUGCUCUGUUCACUUACUUGACAUUAUUUGUACUUCCUUGCAGUCUGCUUUAUGAGAUCUUGAAGGUUAUUGUGAGGUUUAUUAAAACCAUGAGCCGAGGCUCCAUUGGA